GUGGUGCGCUUAGGGCGAUUUCGGUGGGGAUUUCCAUUAUCCAUAAUUGUGAUUUGAAAUAAACCCGCGUUUGCAAUUGCAUCAACAUGGCGUCCUCCCUUCAACUCCAACUCCGUCUUCCUCCUUCGACGACUCCACCUCUCCUGCGUCACCGCCCUAUUCAAUGUGCUUCCGACCGUCAGGCAUUGUUCAACCGUAUUGCGCCUGUCUAUGAUACCUUGAACGACUUACUCAGCUUGGGCCAGCAUCGUAUUUGGAAACGGAUGGCCGUCUCCUGGAGCGGUGCAAAGGCAGGAGACUGCGUCUUGGAUUUAUGCUGUGGAAGCGGCGAUUUGGCAUUCCUUUUAUCUCAGAAAAUUGGAUCCGUCGGCAAGGUGACGGGUCUUGAUUUCUCACGGGAGCAGCUAAGUAUUGCUUCUUCUCGUCAAAAUUCGCUCUCCAAACCCUUCUAUAACAACAUUGAGUGGGUGGAGGGUGAUGCACUCAAUUUGCCAUUUCCUGACUGCUCUUUCGAUGCCAUUACAAUGGGCUAUGGUCUACGAAAUGUGAUGGAUAAACGGAAAGCAUUAGAGGAGAUGCUUAGAGUACUGAAAGAAGGUAGUAAGGUAUCAAUUCUCGACUUUAACAAGACUACACAACCCACUACUGCUGCUAUUCAGGAAUGGAUGAUCAACAACAUUGUUGUCCCAGUGGCAUCUGGUUAUGGCCUUGCCGAGGAUUAUAAAUAUUUGUCUAAAUCCAUCAAUGAAUUUUCAACAGGUAAAGAAUUGGAAGAACUUGCUUUAGAAGUAGGGUUCUCCACCUCUAUACAUUAUGAAAUUAGUGGAGGCCUUAUGGGAAAUUUGGUGGCAUCUCGUUAAAUGGGAUAUGUUUUGUCUUGGUUCAAAGCCCUGAACUAGGCUACUUGUGAGAAUAUGGUAUUUGCCUUCGUUUCUUUGAUGCAUUAAGUUCCACGGAGCUCUGUUUCAUGUAAGCUUAAGCAACAGAAAAUAUAUAGUUGCGUUAGAUGUUCCACGUUUGGUUUGUAAUCAAUGCACAAGGUUUUUCUGGACCCUUCCGAAUGCUAUUGAGUUGUCAGUUUAUGAAUAAA